AUGUCUUCACUCAUCGACAAGGUCAAGGACAAGCUUUCCAGCCACUCCGACAACAAGACUGAGCAGCCUGAGAGCACUCACGGAACUCACAGCUCCCGCACUGCCAAUGCUGCCGACCCUCGCAUUGACUCCGAUCGCGAUCACCGCGAGGCUUUGGGCCGCCAUGAUGGCGCUUACACCACUGGUGGAGAUAACUACUCCUAUGGCGAGUCCAACACCAAGGGCAUGAACACCGCUGGCGACACACUCACUUCAUCUGGCACAACUGGCCCUGCUCCCACAACCGCCGGCAUGCACAAGUCCGACAUGAUGAACAAGGCCGACCCCAGAAUCGACUCAGAUCUCGAUGGCAGCAAGAACAUGGGCCUUCGUUCCGAGAAGGCCACCCAUGCUGGAACCACCAGCUCUACCUAUGGAACUGGAACCACCACCACUGGCUCCAGCACUGGAACCAGCGGCACCGGAACCACAUUUGGUUCGACCGGUCCUGCUUCAAAGACUGCCGGCGCACACAAGUCCGACACAAUGAACAAGGCCGACCCCAGAAUCGACUCUGAUCUUGAUGGCAGCCGCAACAUGGGCCUCCGCUCUGAGAAGCAAACUCGUGAUACUGGAGCUACCAGCGGUUAUGGAGUUGGAACUACAACCACUAGCACUGGAAACACAUACAGCUCGACUCAGCCUGGCUCCAAGUCUGCCGGCGUACACAAGUCCGACGCUCUGAACAAGGCCGACCCUAGAAUCGACUCUGAUCUCGAUGGCAGCCGCAACAUGGGCCUCCGCUCUGAGCAGGCUACCCACGAUCUUGGAACCACCAGAACUGCUGGUACUUCGGGAGCUACUACCGGCACGGGAUUCGGUACCGGCAUGGGAACUGAUACCCUCGGAGCCGGCAGCGGCAUCAACACCUCCGGCAGGUCUGGUGACUACACAUCUGGUACAUCUGGCCUAGGCACCCGUAGCUCAGGAACUGACACCUACUCUGGGUUGGGCAAUACCUCAAGCCUCGGCUCAGGAACUGAUACCUACUCUGGUAUGGGCAAGACUUCAGGCCUCGGCUCAGGCACAGGCACCGGUGCCUACUCCGGCGUGGACACAACUUCGGGAUACGGCACUGGUAACUUGGGCUCUGGUGAGCGCAACUUGGGCCAACAGACUGGCACUCUUGGCAGCGACACGACCACCAGCGCAUAUGGCGGUAUGGGCAGCACCGGCACCGGCUUUGGAUCUGAGCGCCACGCUACCGGCCCAGCUUCCAACACUGCUGGCCCCCACAAGUCUGACAUGAUGAACAAGGCCGAUCCUCGCGUGGACAGCGACCUCAAUAACAGCAAGACCUUUGGAGGCGACAAGACUUACCAGUCGUAAG